UAUUUGAUCAUGGAACAUUAGAAGAUAUGAUGGAUAAAGAUAAUGGAGUUCGUAACCGACGUAAUGCUAAACGUCAUGAUUUAAUAAAAGAAAAAAUCAACAAAGAAGCAAUGCUCAUUACUAAUGGAAUAAAUGAUAAUGAUUCUGCUAUUGUUAAUACACUAUUUUCAUCGACUUUUAAUAUAAGUUAA